GGAAAUGAGUAAACAAACGCAACUAGUGUUGCUCUCCUGCAAUAUGAUGCUGAAUAAUUUUCAGUGGAGAUCUAUUCGAACAGACCAGAUUUAAUAUGUAAACAAAACAAAUCAGACUACCAGUGCUUUUUACAAAGUUUGCAAAAUGUUUUAUGACCAAUCCUGUGCAUUGUGUUUACAAAAAUCCGGUGCGUGUGAUAAUCAAAUAAAUUUCGAUUCUGAUGAUGAGCAAUCGGUAAAUGUGCGAGAGGUAAUUAAAAAACACUUCAAGGAAGAGCUCAGUAUGUUGCCCUUUUUAUCCAACAAAGUAGUUUGCAUUGAAUGCUGGGAAUUGCUUCAUCCUUUUCAUGAAUUUUACGUACGUGUACAGAAGGCGCAUUUGGCGGCGAGCAGCAAGCUUAAGACUUUGCAAGAAUUAGAGAUUGUGGUUACUGAAAGUAAAUCAGAGACAGAUGCGCUUGAAAAUCUGGAGAAACAUCUGGGGAGUGAGCCACUUUCUUUACGGGAAUGUGCUGUUGACACUGAAAAGUUGAUUUCUCCAUGUAGCGCUAUAAGUGAAGACAGCCAACAACUCAGUGUAAAUUUAGAAAUGCAAAGCAUAAGGAGCGAAACUAUGCAAGAUGGCACAAUAGAAUCAAACUGUGUACCGCAGUUGUCUGAAGAUGAAGAAAAUAACUCAGGGAGAGAAGAGGAUGACAUCGGAUGUCGAAUUCCUCCAAAAAGAAAACGGCUGGCUAAAAGGCCUAAAAAAAUAAGACUGACAGAACAAGAAAAUGACCUUAAGAAAAGGAAUACGCAGCGAAAUAAAACAGCAGAAAGUGAUGAAUUUAUAGCGCAAAAUUUUAAAUUAAAAUGCUGUAUCUGUUGCAAAUCUCUUACAGAUUUCAGAGAAUUAAAACGUCACUUCCGCGAAGAGCACCAAACUAAUGGGUAUGUUAAGUGCUGUGGCAAGAAAUUACUUAACCGCGGUGUACUAGUUGACCAUAUUCAAGUUCACAUCAAUCCAGAAUACUUCAAAUGUAAACACUGCGAGAAGGUACUAUGCGAUCGAAGCGGUCUCGAGGCACAUGAGCAAUUUUUCCAUGGUUCUAAGGAACGCAUUUAUCAGUGCGACAUUUGCCGUAAAAGCUUUUUUAGCCGUAAAAUUUUAACUCGACAUCAUUUAAUACAUGCCCCAAAAGAACAAAAAAAUAUUAAAUGCCCGCAAUGUGAUAAAAGAUUCUGCAAUCAAUACAUGAUGAAACAACACCUUGCGCUUGUUCAUCUAAAUUUGUAUGCUAAGAUAUGCGACAUUUGCGGCAAGUCCUUAAAUGGGAAACAAGCUUUUCGAUGGCAUCAGGAGGAACAUGCUGGCGUAUCAAGGUCCUUAAUAAAGUGCACAUUAUGCAAUACAGAGCUGAAAACAAAAUAUGGCUUAGCGCGGCACAUGAAAACAAUGCACACCGAAGAAUACCAAACGCCUCAAGUCUGUCCAAUUUGCUUUAAAGUGUCUCCAACCUUACGGGCCCACAAAAGCCACAUUGAAUAUAUGCAUAGCGCAGAGAAAAAACAUGUAUGCAAACUUUGUGAUAAAGCUUUCAAAUUGCCAAAAUGCUUGCGAGAACACAUGGCAACACACACUGGAGAAGUUUUGUAUACCUGUACAUUUUGUCCGCAAACGUUCAACUCUAAAUCGAAUAUGUACUCUCAUCGCAAACGCAAGCAUCCAAAGGAAUGGUCAGAAAAGUGUGCAAAGAAAACCCUCCUUGUAGAGUAAGACCACAGAUAAUAGUAAUAGGGGGCUACCAAUGUCUUUACAAUAAGCUUUUCCGAACGUUGAAGACUAUUCAAACGGCGCCUUGGUGUUGUAACACAAAGGGGAGGGACCUAGA